AUGAGAAACCAUCCAAACCUUCGGUAUGGAAAUUCUUCAAAUCAACUAAACCCGAACUUUCAAGGAAACAACCAAAACAGUGGAGCACCAUUUCAACCAUUCCAAGGACGAAAUUACAACCAAGGGAAUUACCAAGGUGGCCAAAAUCAAGGAUUCAAUCGAGGCUACCCAAGAAACUUUCAACAAGGUAAUAACCAAGGUGGAGCAUCGGGAAGCAAUGAGGUGUCAACCGGGGAAAUUAUGGAGUACUUGAAGGAAAUGGAUCGAAAGAAUGAGAUUCGGGAUAAAACGGUUGAAUCUUUGCAAAAGCAAGUGGGUCAAUUGGCGGAGGAUGUGUCAGAAUUGAGGAAGAAUCCGGGAAAGCUACCAAUUGAACCUCCAUCAUCACUUGUUGAUGGUGUGGUGGAGGAUGUUGAUGAUGACCAAGAUAGUGAGCAUGAACCGGAACUUAUUCUACCAAAAUUAAAUAAGAAUGUGUCUCUUAAAGAGGUAGAAAAUGAUAGGUCUAAUGUUAAAUUUUCUGAAAAACAAGAAAAGGAUAUGGAGAGUAAUACCAUUCCUUUUCCUUUGGCUUUAAUUGAUCCAAAACUUGGGCCUACACUUUGGAAAAGAGGUCCCCAUGAGGAAGAAAUGUGGGAAAUUUUUAAACAAGUGAAAAUCAAUAUACCUCUUAUUGACAUUAUUAAACAAGUUCCGGCUUAUGCUAAAUAUCUUAUGGAGUUGUGUACCCAAAAACAGCAUCAUAAACUUCCAAAGAAGAUUGUUUUGAAUGAGGAAGUUAGUGCUGUUGUGAUGGGUAUACUCCCACCUAAACUCCAAGAUCCGGGAGCGCCUUUAAUUACAAUUCUAGUUGGUAAUUUUAAAAUGAAUAAGGCACUUUUGGAUAUGGGGGCGGGUGUGAGUAUCCUACCGGGUAUGUUGUAUGACCAAUAUGACUUUGGACCAUUGGAAAAAGUCGACACCACCUUGGUGAUGGCUAAUUUGUCACUAAAACUUCCAAGAGGAAUUGUCCAAGAUGUCAUAGUGAAGGUGGAUGACUUUUAUUACCCUGUAGACUUUUUGGUACUUGAUUUUGCACCAAGCGGUAAUGUUAGGCAGCCCAAUGUCAUCAUGGGUAGGCCCUUUUUGGCCACCGCUAAUGCAUUAAUCGAUUGUAGAAAGGGUACGGUUGAAAUGACCUUUGGCAACCGUAAGAUUAGAUUAAAUGUUUUUGCUAGUGUGCCUAACCCCGUAGUUAGUGACGAAUGCUUCAUGGCGGACGUCAUUGAUGAGUGUAUUCCUCAUGAAAAUGAGGAGGACACACGGGACACUUGUGUUUUGGUUGACAGGUUGAUUGUGGAGCAUAAUCAUAUCGACACUCAUCUCAAACCUUCCAUUGAAAGUCCACCACAAGUUGAAUUGAAAGAGCACCCAUCUCAUUUGAAGUAUGCAUUUUUGGGAGAAGAACAAACUUUGCCGGUGAUUAUUGCAUCAAAUUUGGAAGAAGUGCAAGAAAGGGCAUUGCUAAAAGUGUUCAAGGAAUAUAAGGCGGCCAUUGGGUGGACAAUUGUCGACUUGAAGGGAAUUAGCCCAUCAAUUGUGAUGCAUAAGAUAAUCACCGAUUCUGAAGCAAAACCUUCACGUGAUGCUCAAAGAAGGUUGAAUCCUCAUAUGCGUGAAGUUGUGAAGAAGGAGUGA